GGCAACGACUCCGACGGCGAGGAGAAGCCCGUCGUCCCCGUUAAGACCGUCGACAAGGCUACCCCUCGCACUACUAAGCGCAAUGUCGAGCCUCAGGCCCCCCAGGCCCCUGUGAGGACUGGCGGCAACCGCCGUGGUGGCCCCGGCGGAAACGAGGGCGCUUUCCGUGAUCGCGGCGCUGGUCGUGAGCGCAACCAGAACCGUCCCACCGAUGAGGCUCCCCGAGAUGGUCCUCGUGGUGGCCAGGCUGCCCGCGUCCGUGGAGGCCGUGGUGGACGAUUCCCCCGUGAGCAGCACGACAGACAUUACCAGAAGUCCGGUGCCGUCUCUGGCUCUGAGAAGCAGGCUGCUCUGUCCUGGGGUGCCACCGAGGGCAACGCCGAGCUGAAGGACGAGCAAGCCGGUGAGGCCAUUGCCGAGUCUGAGAAGAAGGAGGACCAGCCCGAGGACGCCGCUGCCGAGGAGCCCGCUGAGCCCGAGGACAAGAGCAUCUCUUACGCCGAGUACCUCGCCCAGCAGGCCGAGAAGAAGGCCGCCCUCGAGGCUGACCUCCGCAUCCGAGCCCCCAACGAGGGCAGCAAGCUCGACAAGAAGUGGGCCAACGCCAAGCCCCUCGAGAAGGAGGAGGACGUCUACUUUGCCGGCUCCGGCGGCAAGAAGCAGCGCGAGCGUGAGCGCAAGGUGAAGCAGACUGUCGACUUCGACCCCCGCUUCGUCGAGCCCGAGCGAACCCGUGGCGGCGGCCGUGGCGGUCGCGGUGGCCCCCGUGGUGGCCGUGGCGGCGAGCGUGGCCGUGGAGGAAACUUCCGCGGUGGCCGUGGUGGCCAGCAGGCUUCUGCCUCCAUCAACACCAACGACCAGUCCGCUUUCCCCAGCCUCGGUGGCAACUAG